AUGCCUUCGAGAGUCUAUCACCUUCCGAAGCUACUCUCUGUAUGUCCUCAGAAGACAGGAUUUAUCAUCAAUCCUGGCUUCAAAGAAGCAAAGGACGGGUACGAACGCUGGGUCAAAGACACCAUUGGCUAUUCCUUCUCAAUUGAGAUUUCUAAGGCAGAGAUGCCUCUACUUGCGGCACUUGCGUGGCCUCAGGCCAGCUCCAAGGAAUUAAGAGCGAUUCUUGAUUACAUGACAAUAUCGUUCAUGCUCGAAGAGCUUACCGAUCGAUGUUCGAGCGAAGUGGCUAAGAACAACUCUGAACUGUGGAUUGAUGUACUACAAGACCCUCAAGUUGGCAAGGGUCACCGUCACCCGUUCAUCAAACUCAUGUCUAAACAAAUGGCAGCACGCUUGAAAGAUGCUGUAGAUCCUUAUCACUGGCCUGAAUUCAUCCAGUCCAAUGCUGAAUUUGCGAAGAACACCAUACAGGAGGCGCUCGAUCGUGAAGCAUCGAAGGACAUUACAGCGACACGCUGCAUCGCUUCAUAUAUGAUCAUGCGAAGAGAGACCAUCGGCACUAGGCCUUGCUUCACUCUGAUGCGGUCUACGGGCCGGCUAUAUUUGCCCAAGCAUGUCCUGCAACAUCUUGUUGUAGCUGAGAUGGAGAACAACGCCCUUGAUAUGGUAUACAUUGCCAAUGACAUAUAUUCCUUCAAAAAGGAGCGCGGCGAUAACGGCGCGCUGAACAAUAUUAUCACUGUUAUUCACAAGGACCCGACUACUCAGUAUCUCGAUCUUCAAGAAAGAUUUAAUCACGCUGGCAAGCUAUUUCAUGUUGCCUUGGAUCGCUUCAGCACCUGCAGAGAUGCACUCCCAAGCUUUGAUGACGAAGAGACAAACAGACAAGUUGCAGCAUUUUCAGAUGGUCUGAUGGAUUGA